AUGGCGACGACGGCACAUAACAAUGCUGAAGAUGAGAUUUCUCAGCUAAACUACAUCCAGGAUUCAGAGCUCUUUUUACAACAGAAGCCGUAUGAGAUCCUAUCCGAAGCCCCCCCGGGUACCCAGAAGUGCAAUUUCCAGCUUGGACAGGGCCCCCCUGAAAUUAUUCAGGACAUUCGGGGGUUGGAGUCGCAAUUCGAUCUUGAUAAUCAUGGAUUCCAGGUAGUGCGACACAUGCUAAAAACAAAGGUCUUCGAUGAAGACACCAUCAAGAGCGAGUAUAUCCCUGAAAUUGAUAUGCUUCUCAAAAGCAUCGAACCAGAUAUCAGUGUGCACGUCUUCGAUUGGAGGCUUCGCUCGAGCAGUGUCCCAGAUCCCAAACUUCGCUCGAUAGUAGACUUGAACGAUCCUAUGUUGGUUUUGAAACCGGUGCAGGCCGUGCAUGUAGACCAGAGUCCAUACGCAGCAAUGAAGCACGCAAGAUCCAUUCUCGGCGAUGACCCGGAUGCAAUUAUGAAUAAGCGAAUCCGCAUCAUAAAGUUAGCUUUGUUCCCCUCAGUGGUCUUCAACGAGUAA